AUGGCGGCCCCAGGUUCUUUGAAUCUGGGAUCUACGGCUUUUAGUACACAAGUUACUGCACCAGCAAGUAUUGUCUCUACGACCUCAGCUACUUUAAGCUCAGGUCCAGGAACAACCUUGCCAUUUAUUUUACUUCCUACUUUGCAAACAUCAGAGUUCGAUGCAGAAUUUCUCGCCAAAAAUGCAAGUCUUCUACGAAGAUUAAAAGCACAACAGGCCAGAGAUGAACAGAUCCUCGGUUUGCGAACCAGGCUCUUUCAUGAAGAAGCUCCAAUAGGGACUAUGGGUCCCACAAUGAUCACCCCUCCUACAUUCUCCACAGUCGUCACUUCGAAAACUUAUACUGGAUAUGUACAAGGUUCCUCCGGGCCUUCACCAGCAAUGACUAUGCGAAAUGAAACGCAGAUGGAUGUAAUCAGCGAUCCGGAACUUACCAAGCCGUACCAUCCAGUUUCCAUGACAGCCAAAUCAAAGUUUAGUGCUCGUAUAACACACGCUAAACUUCCUCCGAAGCUCAAAAUGCCAACUACGGUGAAAAAGUAUGAUGGCACAACUGAUCCGGAUGAUCAUAUGUUCGAGUUUGACGGAGCUGCACGAGUUGAACAAUGGCCGAUGCCAGCAUGGUGCUUUAUGUUCGCACAAACUCUAACUGGAGCCGCACGAGUAUGGUUUGACGCGUUGAAUGAAGGUGAGAUCAACGACUUUGAAGAGUUCCGAAGGUUAUUCCUCCAAAAUUUCAGCCAGCAAAGGCACUACCCUAAAGAAAUUACCGAAGUCCACAACAUCCGGAGAAAGGACGGAGAAUCUUUAGACAGUUUCAUUGACCGGUUUAACCGGGAAAGCAUGCAGAUCAGUGGGGUAGUUGACCAACUGCGUAUCUCCGGAUUCUGUCACGGCGUUCGGAAUAAUCAGCUAGUUGAAAAAUUGCACGAAAAUUUCCCAAAGACGAUGGAGGUACUCAUGGAACGAGCCAGAGCUUUUGCUCGAGGCAAGAACGCAUGUAAUCCUGCUCCGGAGUCAGAUCACAAGAUGUCUUCGUGGAAGAAAAAUGAUCUCUCCAAAACUCCCAGUGAAAUUCUCAGUGCGGAAGGGGCGAAUUUCCCCGCUCCAUCAAAACUUCGAAACCCAGGAGACAAAAAUUCCAAGAAAUAUUGUGACUACCAUCAUGCUCGGGGUCACAAUACAGAUGACUGCUGGUCUUUGAAGCAAGAAAUAGAAAAAGCAGUACGGUCCGGAAAGCUAUCGCACCUAGUCAAAGAAGUAAAGGAAGGAAAAUCUUCAGGAAAUUCGGGAGAUAAUCCGAACAAUCAACCAGCAAUUUGCAUGAUCCGAAGGGUGAACAACCAAGGCAUCAAGCGAUCCAAUCAGCACUUGGCCGCUUGGAUGCAGCAACCCAUUGGUUUCCCGCCCAUCAGUCUGGAAGAUAUCAAGGAUGGACCAGUCAUAGUGUCCGCAAUCAUUGCAGGUCACAAGGUUCGAAGAGUAUACGUUGACAGCGGUAGCGCCACCGAGAUUAUGUACAAGCAAUGUUUUCAACAGUUAGCCCCACAGACAAAGGCGAAAUUGCUCCGAGUAUCAAUGCCUUUGGUCAGUUUUUCCGGAGAGGUGGUACAGCCGUUAGGCCAAAUCACUCUGCCGACAACGAUGGGGGAAGGAAGUUUGGUUCGAACUGUCAAUCUGACGUACCUAGUGGUUGAAGCAAGGUCCGUCCACAAUGUCAUACUAGGAAGACCCGGUAUGUGCGCCUUCGGAAUUAUCAGUUCUACCAUACAUGGAGCGUUAAAAUUUCCCACCGAAGCAGGGGUAGCAACACUGUACUCCGAAUCUACGAUCGGUGUAGCCGAAAUACGACAGAGCGAUGCUAAUGACGAGCCUCCUAAUACUCUCACGGAAGAAUGGGCUAUACACCCACACUUUCCUGAACAAAAAAUUGCAAUCGGGGCCCAACUUCCCGAGCAAACCAAGAAGAAGUUGUGGAAACUACUGUCCAAUUCACUCGACGUAUUCGCCUGGCAAACCUCCGACAUGGUUGGAGUUCCCCGGUGUUUAGCCGAACAUAAGUUAAAAGUGUCGCACUCAAUAAAACCAGUAGCUCAGAGAAAAAGAAACAUGGCCCCGGCUCGUAACAAGGCCAUCUCCGAAGACGUACGAAAGCUGCUGAGCGCCGGUAUUAUAAGAGAGGUACGCUACCAAACUUGGGUCUCUAAUCCAGUAAUGGUAACAAAGAAAGACAAAACCUGGAGAAUGUGCGUCGAUUUUUCCGAUCUAAACAAUGCGUGCCCAAAGGACUGCUAUCCUUUGCCAGAGAUUGAUUUAAAGAUAGACUCCCUCUCAAGUUUCCGUCUUAAGUGCUUCCUAGAUGCGUAUAAGGGUUAUCAUCAAAUCCAAAUGGCUUCGGAGGACGAAGAUAAGACCGCGUUCGUAACAAAUGAGGGUCUGUUUUGUUAUACUAAAAUGCCAUUCGGCUUAAAAAACGUCGGAGCCACAUACCAGAGAUUAAUGGAUAAAGCGUUUAAAGAUCAGAUCGGAAGAAACUUGGAGAUCUAUGUCGAUGACCUAGUCAUAAAAAGCCGGGCCGAAGACGACAUGAUAGAUGACAUACUCGAAACCUUCACCAGGCUUCGGAGUAUCAACCUUAAACUCAAUCCCAAAAAAUGCUCUUUCGGCUUAGAAGAGGGAAAAUUCCUCGGGGUAUGGGUUACACGAUCUGGAAUCCAGGCGCAUCCUGAUAAAAUCAAAGCGGUAGUCUCCAUGCAGCCUCCUAAAACUAUCAAAGAGAUCCAGUCUCUAAAUGGCAAGCUCGUCGCCCUUCAUCGUUUUGUUUCAAAAGCGGCAAACCGCUCUAUCCCUUUCAUGAAUGUAUUGAAAAAACGAACGGCAAAAGGCCAAAUAGAGUGGACGCCAGAAGCAGAUUCGGCAUUUCAGGAGCUGAAGGUAUGUCUCGGAUCCUUACCUACUUUAACCGCACCAGCUACCGGAGAAACUGUCACGGUAUAUCUCUCUGCUUCCCAUUUUGCGAUAAGUGCAGUACUCGUAGUACACCGGAAUCAGGCACAAAUCCCGGUCUAUUACGUGAGCCGUAUACUGAAAGACUACGAAACUCGGUACCCGAUGAUCGAAAAAUUAGCACUCGCCUUGGUACAUGCUUCCAGACGCCUCCGAAGGUACUUCCAAGCUUUCAAUAUAGAAGUACAGACUGAUCUCCAGAUCCAGCAAAUCCUCAGGAAGCCAGAGGUCUCCGGACGUCUCACCAAAUGGGCAAUAGAGCUCAGUGCCUUCGAUAUCACCUAUCGUACCAGAGGUCCAGUAAAAGGCCAGGCAGUGGCAGAUUUCCUUACAGAGGUCCCAACCGGAGAGAGCACCAAGGAAAAACCCGCCUUGCCAAAGGUAUGGAACUUAUACACCGAUGGGGCCUCCAGUAAAGAAGGCUCGGGAGCAGGAUUGAUCCUAAUAGAUCCGGAAGGAAUAGAGUAUACCUAUGCUUUACGUUUCGAAUUUAAAACCUCAAACAAUGAAGCAGAAUAUGAGGCUCUCCUUGCAGGCCUGCAAACCGCAGCCAAAGCAGGUGCAACCUCCGUAUUAGCUCAUGUUGAUUCAUUAUUGGUAGCCAAUCAAGUCAGCGGCGAGUACGAAGCACGAGAGGAUAAUAUGGUUCGGUAUCUUCAGCAGGUCAACAGUCUAAUCUCCUCUUUCGAUUCCUGCAAAAUAGUACACAUACCGAGGAGCAAAAACAAAAAGGCCGAUGCCUUGAGCAAGCUUGCGUCCGUAGCAUUCUGUCAUUUAUCAAAAGAGGUUCUAGUCGAAACCUUGCAGAUUCCGGCCAUCCAACAGACAAGGUCAGUUAUGUCAGUCUCCACGCCCGAUAAUUCUUGGAUGACUCCGAUCGUGGAUUACUUGAAAAAUGGGACGCUUCCGGAAGACAAAGCUCAGGCGCGGAAGUUGAAAGUAAAAGCGCUGCAGUAUCAGAUGCACGAUGGUCAACUCUACAGAAAAACCUUUCUAGGUCCGCUCUUAAAGUGCCUAACACCAGAGGAAGCAAGUUACGUUAUAAGGGAAAUCCAUUGGGGAAUAUGCGGCAUCCACGCAGGACCGAGAAUGGUUAUAGCAAAAAUCAUGAACGCCGGUUAUUUCUGGCCAGGAAUGCAUCAAAGCGCGAUAAAUGAGCUGCAAUCAUGCGAAGACUACCAGCGCCACGCUCCCGUAAGCCAUCGUGCCAAAAACAAUCUUGUUCCCGUAAUGUCGGCCUGGCCAUUUCAGAAAUGGGGAAUUGACAUCGUAGGUCCUUUCCCUGUCUCCACCGGAGGGGUAAGAUUCCUGCUGGUGGCCAUCGACUACUUCACUAAGUGGGUCGAAGCCAAACCCCUCUGGACGAUCACAGGAGACCAAGUGCUGAGGUUCGCAUGGGAAAACAUAGUGUGCAGGUUCGGAAUGCCUCUCUGCAUAGUAAGCGACAACGGAAAGCAAUUUGCGGAGAAGCCGUUUAAAACAUGGUGCCAAAGAAUGCACAUCGAACAGAGCUUCGCUUCGGUGGCUCAUCCCCAGGCCAACGGACAAGUGGAAAGAGCCAACCAGAGUAUUGUGGAAGGCAUUAAAAAGCGGUUGGGGAAGGAAGGCGUCUCAUGGGCGGACGAGCUCCCGCAUGUCCUAUGGGCACACCGAACCAUGCCUAAGACGAGCAAUAAAGAAACUCCCUUCAGCUUGACAUACGGCACCGAAGCUGUCAUACCCGCAGAAGUAGGGAUCCCCACGCCUCGCAUACAAUUGAGCCAGCAAGAGAAUGAACGAGAACUCCGCCUAAAUCUCGAUUUAAUUGAAGAGAGGAGAGAACUUGCGGCAAUCCGGGAAGCCAAGUAUAAAAAAGAGUUGGAAAAACACUACAACUCCAAAAUUAAAGAAACCCGGUUCAAAAUCGGAGAAUAUGUGAUGCGGAGCAAUGAAGCGAGCUUAACUGAAGGAACGGGGAAGUUAGCUCCCAAAUGGGAAGGACCUUACCAGAUCAAAACGGCUGGAAAAGACGGCGCGUAUACUUUAAGCAAGAUGGAUGGAACCUCCGUUCCACGUACUUGGAACGGAGUACAUCUAAAAAAAUGUUAUCUUUAG